CCUGUCCGGAGCCCCAGGGCCUGAGCGCAAAGUCCGCGACACCCAGCCGGGGAGGCAGCGGUCGGCAGAGCAGGUGGGCCCCCGCCCUCGGCCAGGCAAGAUGCCCCUGGGGCUGCGGAGAAAGUUGAAAACCAAAUCCAAGGAGGAAGCCCGGUUGGUGAAGGUCGAGCAGACGGGUGCGAGCGUUGGCAGCCUCCCGGACCCCCCGGCUCCCCCACGCAAGCUGGUUUUCCACACGCAGCUGGCGCACGGCAGCGCCACGGGCCGCGUGGAGGAUUUCUCCAGCAUCAAGGAGCUCUACGCCAAGAUCGCGGGAGUGUUCGAGAUCUCGGCGUCGGAGAUCUUAUAUUGCACUUUAAACACACCUAAAGUUGAUAUGGAAAGACUUUUAGGAUCACAAAUAGGUCUUGAAGAUUUCAUAUUUGCCCAUGUAAAAGGGAUCAAAAAAGAAGUAAAUGUACAUAAAUCUGAGGAUUCACUUGGUCUCACCAUUACAGAUAAUGGUACUGGUUAUGCUUUUAUAAAGAGAAUUAAAGAUGGUAGCCUAAUUGACUCCAUUAAAACAAUCUGUGUGGGGGAUCAUAUUGAAUCCAUAAAUGGGGAAGAUAUCGUUGGGUGGCGUCACUAUGAUGUUGCUAAAAAGUUAAAGGAAUUAAAAAAAGAUGAGCCCUUUACCUUGAAGUUAAUAGAACCUAAGAAGGCAUUUGAAGUAGAGCCAAGGUCAAAAGCUGGAAAGUCAUCAGCAGGAAAAAUUAGUACUGGAAGGGAGACACUUCGUCUGAGAUCAAAGGGUCCUGCCACCAUGGAAGAAAUGCCUUCUGAAGCCAAAACAAAAGCAGUUGAAAAGAUUGAUGAUCUUCUUGAAUUAUACAUGGGAAUUCGAGAUACUGAUUUAGCUACCACAAUGUUUGAAGCUGGAAAGGACAAAGGUAAUCCAGAUGAAUUUGCUGUGGCACUUGACGAAACUCUUGGAGACUUUGCAUUCCCAGAUGAAUUUCUCUUUGAUGUUUGGGGAGCCAUCGGUGAUGUGAAACAAGAAUUAUUAUGAUGUGGAUGAUCCAUCUCUGGAGAAAUAAACCAUUCUUCCUUUUCAAAGCCCCAUAAGAUCUGUUUUUAUACACUGUUACAGACUCUGGCUUGGUCUUAUGUGUAUGAAAUAUAUUCUUUGUAAUAUAA